UGAUCAUGUCGAUAUCAAAUUAAAAGUAGAAUGAUCAGCUGAGCAAAGAGCGGAAGUGAUGUCACUUUCACUUUCUCAAUCUUAAAGUAAAGUCAACAGAAACGGAGGCAGUGUUUUUGAAUACAACACAAUGAAGCGUCAAAUAGACGAUGUAAUGGGACUCUGCUGUAAAAUAUCAGAUAGCAGGCAGAUUAAAGCAGCGGUACAGAGCUCAGCCAAAGGAGCUGCUUCUGCGGGCGGAGGGGCGUUUUUAGGGGGGCUACUCGGAGGACCCCCCGGUAUAUUUAUUGGUGGUGCUCUGGGAGGUGCUGUUGGAUGGUGGAUGACUAAUGACAAAUUCCAGCCUCUUCAUCGAAUCAUAAUGGAGAUGCCACCUCAACAAAAGAAGAAACUGUACUCUGACGUCAUGGCAGUACUGGGAAAUCUGGAUUGGGUUGACCUGGCUCAACUAACUUUUCUAGUAAUGAGUAAUUCCUCUCUGCAGAUGCGAGUGCUUACUACUUUAGUCUCUUUUGCCACAAAAGAGCUUGGAGCCAAAGUGGAGUAUGGGCAAAAAUAGUGGGUUACUGUCACCUGCUAAACGGCAAACUACUUCUUCACUGCUGAUUCCUGGUGGUUUAGAGGAGAAUUACUCCGAGUUCGCCCCCUGUCGUUUCAAAGAAUAGCACAACGGCGAGCGCGUCAAGUAUAAAUGCAUCGUUCGUUUGGAGAGGUGCGCGCACAGUCAGCGGAGACUUGCGCUCUUGCGGACGUGUCGAGUAUAAACAAGGCUUAAAAGUGACUUUAAUGAUUCUUUUCUUUAUUGAUUCAAUAAAAAUCUACACAACA